GGCACGGGCAUGGGGAGGGCCGGCGCCGCGGCCAACGGCACCCCGCAGAACGUCCAGGGCAUCACCUCCUACCAGCAGCGAAUAACUGCCCAGCAUCCUCUGCCCAACCAAUCAGAAUGUAGGAAAAUCUACAGAUAUGACGGAAUCUACUGUGAAUCUACCUACCAGAAUUUACAAGCCUUGAGGAAGGAGAAGUCUCGAGAUGCUGCUCGUUCCCGCAGGGGAAAAGAAAAUUUUGAGUUCUAUGAAUUGGCCAAGUUGUUGCCUCUUCCUGCAGCCAUCACCAGCCAGCUUGACAAGGCGUCUAUCAUUCGACUUACAAUUAGCUAUCUGAAAAUGCGGGACUUUGCUAAUCAGGGGGACCCUCCAUGGAACUUACGAAUGGAAGGCCCUCCACCCAACACUUCAGUGAAAGGGAUACAAAUGUGGAAAUCUGAACUCUGCAUGAGAAAGACACCAUGUGAAGGUGCACAACGAAGGAGAAGCCCCAGUGCACUAGCCAUUGAGGUAUUUGAAGCACAUUUGGGAAGUCACAUUUUACAGUCCCUGGAUGGCUUUGUAUUUGCACUAAAUCAAGAAGGAAAAUUUUUGUACAUUUCUGAAACGGUCUCCAUCUACCUAGGCCUCUCACAAGUAGAGCUGACAGGCAGCAGUGUUUUUGACUAUGUCCACCCUGGGGACCACGUGGAAAUGGCAGAGCAGCUGGGCAUGAAGCUCCCGCCUGGGCGGGGUCUCCUCUCGCAGGGCACCGCAGAGGAUGGAGCCAGCUCAGCGUCUUCUUCCUCUCAGUCGGAGACCCCUGAGCCAGUGGAGUCAACCAGCCCCAGUCUGCUAACCACUGACAACACUCUUGAGCGUUCCUUUUUCAUCCGAAUGAAAUCUACUCUGACCAAACGAGGUGUGCACAUCAAAUCAUCAGGAUAUAAGGUGAUUCACAUAACUGGCCGACUCCGCCUGAGAGUGUCGCUGUCCCAUGGGAGGACCGUCCCCAGCCAAAUCAUGGGUCUUGUGGUGGUGGCUCAUGCCUUGCCUCCUCCUACAAUCAAUGAAGUCAGAAUUGACUGCCAUAUGUUCGUCACUCGAGUAAAUAUGGACCUCAAUAUCAUUUACUGUGAAAAUAGAAUUAGUGAUUACAUGGAUUUGACCCCUGUAGACAUCGUAGGGAAAAGAUGCUACCACUUCAUCCACGCUGAAGACGUAGAGGGCAUCAGGCACAGUCACCUGGACUUGCUGAACAAGGGUCAGUGUGUGACGAAGUACUAUCGCUGGAUGCAGAAGAAUGGAGGCUACAUUUGGAUACAGUCCAGUGCCACCAUAGCAAUUAAUGCCAAGAAUGCCAAUGAAAAGAACAUCAUCUGGGUGAAUUAUCUUCUUAGCAAUCCCGAGUACAAGGACACACCCAUGGACAUCGCACAGCUGCCCCAUCUGCCGGAGAAAACUUCCGAAUCCUCUGAGACAUCCGACUCUGAGUCAGAUUCUAAAGACACCUCAGAGGACAACGAGAACUCCAAGUCCGACGAGAAGGGGAAUCAGUCGGAGAACAGCGAAGACCCGGAGCCUGACCGGAAGAAGUCCGGCAGUGCGUGCGACAACGACAUGAACUGCAACGACGACGGCCACAGCUCCAGCAACCCGGACAGCCGCGACAGCGACGACAGCUUCGAGCACUCGGACUUUGAGAACCCCAAGGCGGCGGAGGACGGCUUCAGCACGCUGGGCCCGAUGCAGAUCAAGGUGGAGCGCUACGUGGAGAGUGAGUCGGACCUGCGGCUGCAGAACUGCGAGUCGCUCACGUCGGACAGCGCCAAGGACUCGGACAGCGCGGGCGAGGCGGGCGCUCAGGCCUCCAGCAAGCACCAGAAGCGCAAGAAGAGGCGGAAACGGCCUCUGGUGCACCGGGUGACCGGCACCCUGGCCGCCACCAGCACAGCCGCGCAGAGGGUCUACACCACGGGCACCAUCCGCUACGCGCCAGCCGAGGUGACCCUGGCCAUGCAGGGCAACCUGCUACCCAAUGCGCACGCUGUUAACUUCGUGGACGUUAACAGCCCCGGCUUCGGCCUCGACCCCAAGACGCCCAUGGAGAUGCUCUACCACCACGUGCACAGGCUCAACAUGUCAGGACCUUUCGGCGGCGCGGUGAGCGCGGCCAGCCUCACGCAGAUGCCCGCGGGCAACGUGUUCACCACGGCCGAGGGACUCUUCUCCACGCUGCCCUUCCCGGUCUACAGCAACGGCAUCCACGCGGCACAGACUCUGGAGCGCAAGGAGGACUGAGGCAGGCGCCCCUGGCGCGCGCAGGGUUCUGCUCGGAGGCAUCCUCGGCGUUUUCGUUUUAGACCUUUAAUUCUAGCACUUUGAAUUCGAGCAGGUCAGCGUCUUCUCUCAACACAACGGUCCCCAUUCCAUCCCUUCUUUCUUUAACAUGACUUAUUCUUUCCAUGUAAAAAUGUUUAUUUUUUGCCUUCAGAGGGUCAAAUGACCAGUUGCCUGCCGUUUUGUCUUCUUCUAAGAUGUGUCUUGGGUUGUUUUGCUUUCCUUUGCAUCUUUAUUAAGAUGUCUUUAAUGUGUAUAUGCCUCUGCCAUACAAUACUCAGUCUUGUGGUCAAGAGAUUUCUCAAGUGACAACCCUUGGUUUUCUUCAUUAAGAUCUUGAUCUGAUCAAGAUGGAAAGAGACAAGCGUAAACAAUGUGCCCUGUUUGACUAAGUCAAAUGAUAUGGGGUGGUUCUUUCGUUUGUUUGUUUCUGUUCCUAAUUCCUUUAAAAAUAGGGGAAUAGUGUUUUAGAAUUUUAUGCAGAAUUUAAUUCUCUUUUUAUGGUUAAGAUUUUAAGAUUUUCUUACUUGCACAUAAAAAUAAUUUGGGUUCUUAAUUUCUGGCCUGUGACUAGAAUGUGUUUUUUUAAGUUGUACUAAAUGUUAAUUACUGAAACAUUAACUUAAUUUCUAAAACCAUGGUGCUAUCAUUUAUUAAUCUGUAAUGUCUUCAUACAAAAUGCAGCUCCUGGGCUGGGUUUUGGAAAAAAAAAAAAAAAUGUGUUCUGUCCUGGCCUGGAGUCCAUUGCUGCAGUCUCCUUGGUUAGUUAAGACAAAGCCCUCAUUAACAUUUGCUGCAGGACUUAAAAUAUUUUACCUCCCAACUAACAAAUAUAGCCUCACAUUAAAUUUAAUGGGUCAGUAAAGCCCUCUUAAAAAGGGGCUUUUGGAAAACUCAAUCAAGUUGAUUUGAGGAGCAGUUUAGGUACAUACUGUCUUUCGUUUAGUUUUUGUUUUUUUUUGUUGUUGUUGUUUUCCUUACUCAGUCUAACUGAGGCUAAUUUUGCAACUUCAGUAACACUUUGGAGUAAAAGAAGGAAAAUAUUUAACAUGUUUUUUGUUUUGUUUUGUUUCAUGUCUUGCUUAAAGAAAAAAAGGAAGGUUGUAUUUUGGGGAACUGGUUUGGUAGAAUUUAUUUCCCUUUACUUAGUUCUGGAUUGAAACCAAUAAGUUUUAAAACUAAAGAAUGGGUUAAUAAACUUCAGACAGAUAACUGCAAAUGAAAACUGCACAUUAAGUGAAAAAAGGAAAAAAAAGAAAAUGAAAAGAAAAACUAUCCUAUUUUGUCUUCGUUGCCAGAAAUCAGUGUGGUGUCAAACACUCCAAAUGACUGUCAAAUAUAAAUUCUUCCUCCACUUCAUUUUUGGCAGCUGUUUGUUAAGGCAUCUAAUAACAGGUGUGAAAACUGUAAUGUGUACGAUGUGUAUGUGUCUUUGGCUGUCAGUCCCAUGCAGUUUCAAUGUGUGUUUCUAUAUGCAGUAUAUACUAAGCUAAUGUAGUUUUGUCCUUUGUCUUCUCUGUGCUCUAUCUCUAGUCCGGAGUGGUACAGUCCCAUUCCUGCAGUCCUAGUGAAUCAGUGAUUCUUGGGGGUUAGUGGUUUUUGUGUGGUGGCCUUCCUCUGUAAUGUCACCCUAUACUGCUUCUACUGUCUGUGGAAUUCUCCGUUUUACUUUUUUUAAUUCCUGCCGUUGCUUUGCUGGUGUAUAUUCUCCCUACCUCUCCUUUCUUUCCCUCCCUGUCCUGUCCUACCUUCUUCCCUUUUCUACUUUCCUUCUCCUGUAUCCAAAAUCUUUUUCAUUCUCAGAGAUAAAAAGACUCUUAACUAGCUCAAGGUGAAUGGAGCCAUUUUUUUCCACAAUGGAUUUCUGGGUAUGACUCUCCUUUCUGGAGUGCAAGACAAAGCACUGAAGAAUAACGCUCAGAUAUACUAAAUAAACCGAUGCCAUACAGCCUCAGUUGUUGACAUUCCCAGAGUCCCUUGUGCUCUACCUAUAAGCAGUGGGUGCUUUUCUUUGGUUUCCUUUCAGGUUGGCUGAUGGAGCAAUAUAUAAAGCAAUUACCAGUGAGACAGAAAAUUAUUUCAAAGGUCAACCAAUGUUUUUAAAAAAAACAAAGUGGGAGGGGGUAAUGGAAUAUAUAAUUGUCAUAUAUAUUUGUUUAUUUGUGCAAUGCUAAUAUAGUAACUCGGCUGUCCUUUGAAUAUCACUGUGUGAGUGGAUUCCUCUAAAACCUUUGAUUCUGUGAGUUGGGCCCAAGCCAUGUUGAAGUAAUAACAGAAGGAAGUUAAAUGCCACACAUUUUAGUAGCGAGCUUACUUGAAGGAUUUAAGUAGGUUUAGAAGGUAUAGAAGUUUGAUCAAGAAAUUUAAAGAUUAAUUUUGGAAGCUCUGCUCUAGCUAUCGAACAAUCAAAGGAAUGCACCUAUCAGCUACCAAGAACAGCUAGACAGCUGUUUUUUUUUUCUUUUAUAAAUGUUUCUGUGUUGUGUCAAAAUGAUUUCUGGUGAUUUAAACUAACAGAUAAUCACAGCUGCUGUCUAAAUCCAUAGUGUUUAAAAUUACAAAAUGAAAAAAAAAAAACACUUCAUUACCUGUGAAGACUGUGUCUGUGUUUUUAACUAUUUCUUGUACAAAUAUAUGAAAACUUUUAUGAGGAGACUGGUGCCAAGUAGCUGAAUAAUGGGGAAAGGGAUAUUCUGUUCGUAAAAAUCUUAGCAGUGUUACCAACUCUACGAUAUAUAUAUAAAAAAAUAAUUAAAACGUUACAAAGCGACAGCUAUGGUACAUUUGUUUUGUGUGAAGCUAACCGGACCUAACUUUCCUGAGUGCCUGGCUUAUUUUGAAACAUUUUUUUCAUUGACCAUUGAUAAUGCUGCAAAUCAGAAAUGUACAUACUUCAUUUACAACAGGGUUCUUUUUAUACUUUUGUAGAUUCUCAUACAUGUCACAUACAUGGUUGUCUUUAUGUAACUUAAUUUUUUCAUCCGCAGGUGC